CCCUUGUCAUAAAUGUGCUUUCAUUGUGGUAGAGUGCGGUAAUUACUGUUUGCCUAUGUUUCCUGGCAACUGGUGCCACCAACAUAGAAACCCCUUCACUUCACUUUCUUCUUUCAUUUAACUGGAACGGAGAAGCUGUUAGCUACCUGAGAAAAAUGACGUCAAACAGUGAACAGUCCACAGAGUCUCUGCAGAAACUGAGACAGCAAUGUCUGGCCAGAGGAUCUGCUGGAAUCAAAGGAUUGGCAAGGACAUUCCGCAUCAUGGACGAUGAUGGCAGCAAGUCACUGGACCUGCAGGAGUUUCUCAAAGGCCUGGACACCUAUGGGGUUACUCUGAGCAGAGAGGAGGCCCAGCAAAUCUUUGGACUGUUAGACAAAGAUAGCAGUGGUACCAUUGAUUUCAAUGAGUUUCUGGAAAGCUUGAGGCCUCCAAUGUCAAGCUCCAGGAAGCAGGUGAUUUCAGAAGCCUUCAGGAAGCUGGAUAAGACGGGAGAUGGAGCGGUGACUGUGGAGGACUUGAGAGGUGUGUAUAAUGCCAAGCAGCACCCCAAAUACAAAAGUGGCCAGUGGACUGAAGAUCAGGUUUUCCUCUCCUUCCUGGAAAGUUUUGAUUCUCCCAACAACAAAGAUGGCAAGGUGACUGAGGAAGAGUUUCUAAAUUACUACAGUGGAGUUAGUGCUUCCAUCGACGAAGACGCUUACUUUGUAACCAUGAUCAAGAAUGCCUGGAAGCUUGUGUAGAAUUUCUUAGACUUCAUAUUUAUUUUGCCUACUGUAAAUCAUUAGUAUUGUAUUUAGUAUAACUUUAAAUCAAAUUAUUUUUAUUUAUUUAUUUUUUUGGGGGGGGGAUUGGAAUUCAAAUAUACAAAAUUGUGUUCUGAGAUCUGAUUAAAAGAAAAUCUCAUAAUAUUCCAAUGAAUAUUUAUACUUUAUAUUAUAAUCUAAUUUCAAUUGAUGUAUUGUUAAUGCAAGGUUAAUUCUUUCUGAUCAAACUAUAUUAUUAAUCGGUUAUGUUACGUACAAAUAAAUAAGUAGAU